CCUGGCUACAUAAUAGUGACCCAAAAACCACAAUGAAACCCCCCAAACAAAGAUGGCUGAUGCAGUGAAAGGAGUGUAUGACCUUGUUAACAGUGAGAAGAAGAAGGAAAGCUCUUCCAUUGAACCAAAGGAGUUUUUUUGGGACCAAUUCAUCAAGUACAUUGCCUCAGCUAUUCUUGCACUGUCUGUGCUCAAUGUGACUGUGGAGUUUCUGAGGGGAGGGGGUGUGUCCUGCUUCCCACCCUCUGAUAAUGUGGGCAUCACAGCUCAGGACCUGGAGGGGAGGAUGCUCUAUGAGUUCGGCCAAGGACAGACCAGCUACAUCAACAACUACUGUGCAAGGAACGUUCCAAAUACAGAAUAUUUCCCGAUAUACAUUCUCAUUCAUGGCCUUCUCCUUAUCGUUCCACACUACAUAUGGAAUGCUCUUCACAAUGGAGAUUUUGACAGCUUCUUCUUGAUUGUGGAUAAACUGGACCGUCUACGAGAUAGCACCACUGGGGAAUAUGACACCAAUAACUUUGAUCGUGUGACAAAGCUGGAGCAAGAAUAUAGCGGACGGAAAAUUUACUACACUUAUAUCCUUAAACUGGUAUUACAGCUGAUAAUAGUCUGUGGGUCAGUGAUACUCAGUGCACUUUACUUCAAAAACUUUUCGUUUGUUUUCUUCUGUCCUGGUGACAGUGUUGAUGACUUCACAUGCCCUGAGGAGCACUUAGGCACUCCUUGUGGUUGGCCCUUGAACGUUACUGUUCCCUGUGUCUACACAAGUCUACGGGUGUUGAAUCUGGUACGCUAUGCUGAUUUCUUCCUCCUAACGAUUGCAGCUGGACUGGUUCUGUACGCCCUCGGGUGGUGCGCAGUACGGCAUACUGAACAGCUAGGUUAUUUUGAACUUGCAAAAUUCUCUUUUCAAAGUUGUCUAAAGCCUGAUCAUUUCGUGUUCCCACCCGUGGUAUCCUGGCCCACCUACCCUUGUUUUACCACUGAGAAAAAUAAAUCUAAAUGUGCUCGUCGUUGGAUAAAUCGUUUAUGGCCCCUUACCCAUUACCUCAAGUUUCACCCAAGAUACAUUAUCUACCCCGGAAUCCUUCAUGACCUUGACUUCCUCCUGUUGAUGCUGUUCAGAGCUGACACAAGCCAUGGACAAGUCUUCAAAGAUAUCCAAACGAGCAAGGAGCUGAAGAGACUGCUUGGAAGAGAUCAUCAGCUUCUUCACCUGUACAUUAGUAUCCAACAGGAUCUGCCAGAUAUCGUCCCGUCUAAUGACCUACAACCGGAAAAUACCGCAGAGGAGGAGGAGGAAGAUAUAGGUUGCUGCAGUUGGUUAACCAGUCUGUUUUGCGGAAAUCAGAACCGUUCUGAUUCUGGUGUACCCAAUCCCAUAACAGAUCAAACAGAUGGUCAACAACAACCUGAACAGGCCACUCAUGAGCAGCGAGCAACUGAUGAUUUUCAUAGACUUUUCCACACGGCAGGAUUCAAUGGAAAUGCAGAGAAAAUUGCUUAUGAGCGUUUCAAACCCCAUCUUGGAAGAAUCGAGUAUCAGGAGGAGUACAUGAAAGGUAUUCGUGACGUUAUAUUUUGGUUUGUGACCAACUUUGGCCCUCACUACGAUGAAACUGCAUUGGAGCCACAACUAAAGAAUGACCUUGCCUUAGACAUCUCAUUUGGCUCCAUUGGUUACUCACUAAUUAUGGCUAGGCCCUUUGUUAAGGUUCUGUCUGUCAACUUUCAACCUCACUACCAGAACACCAGUGAAAAUCCCACACUUAAGGAUGAAUUUUAUACCAAUUAUGUCACAUUUAAGUUCCCUGACAAUCUCUACUCUCAGUCCACGGAAAGCAUCACUGGGGCUCAGUCGCUAGUGCUCAAAUUUCUAAAGAAUUUACCAUCAGGACCAGGAAUACCGUACCCAAGACUGGACUUUAUUGUGAUAGCCCCGAUCACUGAGGAAUCAAAACUUGUCAGUGUUAACCUCUUUCUUAAUGCACUCUAUGGGGCUGGCCGCAUUGGCGAAAAUGCCAUCUUGCUAGCCAUCCGUCCACUGAAGAUAGGAGCUACUAAAGUCCAGCAACGUUUCUUCAAAUAUGAGCCUUCUAAACUGUUGUUUGACCAUAAAUUUCACAAUCGUGAAGUGAAUACAAAGAUUGCACCGUAUAAAAUUACACAUGUUGUGGACGGGUUCCCCGGUAUCAAGGUUGAUUGUGGGAGCACCCCCUGCAUCUUUGAGAUGAUUGCCUACAAGUAUGUGGGAAAGAUUAUCCUCAUGCCAGAAGUGACCAUCAGCCGAGUUCCUCAGAUCCGUACAGCUCCCCGGGGUCAUAAUUCAGCUGAGCCUAACCCCUCACCCGAGCAGCCCCCCCCCAUUGAGAACAGUCAAGCCGACAGCACAGACACUCGUACCUCCUUUGACUCUGGGACGUUCAGCCCUACCAACUCAGUCUUUCCACCUCUGGGCACAGAGCAGCAGGCUCCAUCCGCUGCUAGGAGGCGAAUGUCCAGUCAGAUGAGUUUGGAUCCACAUGAGUUUUACCCCCCAGCCCCAGCCCCACCCAGCUCACAUGACAAUAACAGGGUGUCAAGAGUGUCUGAUCAAGAGGAAGAAGCUACUCCAGAGAACUGACUCAGGUUUUUAGUGUCAUAAUUAUGACAACUCCUGUGUGAUUUUUUUUUUUUUUUAAGUAGAUUUAUGCCCAUAAUUCAAUAGACCACAGAGAUUUACCAUAUAGCCACAGUACACAGAAAUUGGUUUGGCAAUACAUGUACAACUUAUACUUUUUGUAUUUUCCAAUUCUUGUUAUGACCAAACGUAAAAUAA